CAAAAACAAACAGGAGAGGGUUCCGGCAGGGUGCCGCUCUCUCCCUGCUUCAUAAGUCAAUCAGAGCGAUAGAUUGUAAGGCCAUGGUACAGCCGCUCCAGCUACUGUCUGCCUGACUAUCUUCACAAAAGGGCUGGAGCCAUGGAUUCUUCCUCUGACGAGGAGGAGGUGCGCACCUUUGUUCAAGUAAUCAGUGAGAAAUACAACCCAGAAAAUUUCCCCUACUGCCGAGGCCAAGGCAUGGGAGUAGUGGUCCUGCCCAGUCCCCCAGGUUCACCCGUAAAAGACCGCCUUAAUCUGCCUAGUGUGCUGGUACUGAAUGACUGUGGAAUCAGCAAAGCUGGAGAUAGGUUGGAGGUUGCAACUUUCUGUGCGCACGUAGUGGAGCUGGACCUCUCUUACAACCAGCUAAACGACUGGGGAGAGAUCGGCACCAUUGUAUCCAACACCCCCCACCUCGAGUUCCUAAAUCUCAGUAUGAAUCCUCUGAGUGGAGUGGGACUGGAGCCCAGCUUGGCCCAGGUCUUCUCCAGAGUCCGACGACUGGUCCUUAUCAACACACAAGUCACCUGGGACAAUGUGCACACACUCACACAAAACACCCCAGAGAAGAAAGAACUCUUCUUGUGUCUGAACAAUUACAACACUGUUCUAGAGUCCCAAGCACCUUGUCCAUCGUUACGCCGGCUCCAGAUUACAGACAACCAGCUGCAGGAGUGGGCAGAGGUCAGGAAGUUUGGAUCCAUGUACCCAUGUCUGGACACACUGGUGUUGGCCAACAACAACUUGAACUCUGUGGAGGACACUCAGGCUACAUUACAGUACCUCUUCCCAAACUUGCGCAGCAUCAACCUCAACAACUCAGGACUUUGCAAGUGGGAGGAUAUCGAAAGGCUGAAUUUUUUCCCCAAACUGGAGGAAGUCAAAGCAAUGGGAAUUCCCUUACUUCAGCCCUACACACACCAGGAGAGACGUAGCCUCAUUGUGGCACAGCUGCCAUCUGUGUCGGUUCUGAAUGGGAGUGCGAUAGCAGAUGGGGAGAGAGAGGAUGCUGAGAGGUUCUUUAUCAGACACUACCAGAACUGUCCAGCGGAGGAGAUUCCUCAGAGGUACCACAUCCUUGUAUCCAAGUAUGGUUACCUAGCACCUUUAGCAGAGGUGGACCUGAGUCCCCGCAGUGCCUUGGUGGAUGUGCGCUGGGGUGAGAGGGUGGAGACAGUUAGCCUGCGGCUGGAGCAUACUGUGGGGGAUCUGAAAAAACAACUUAAAGCACUGGUACAACUCCCCGCUAACGGCAUGAGGCUCUUCUACAUUGCAAGAGAUCUGGGUUCCAUCGUGGGGCCAGAGGAGUUGAAGUCCGGGUGCCGGGCCCUCCAUUCUUAUAGCAUUCGGGACGGUGAUGAGAUUCUAGUGGUGCCCAGAGACAGAAGGCGCUGCAUUUCCCUGGACUCUUGAGCAGCAGUCUCAUUAGAAUAAUGAGAUUAAUCUGCCUCAGGAAGUCCACAGAAUGAACACCUACUGGAUGCCACAAGCUUCUGUGUUGAGUUUGUUAUUUUCAUUCAAAAUAAUUUCGUCUUUCAACAUCAAAUGUAAAGAUGUUUGACAUAAACCUCAAUCAUGCUGUACAAAUUUGCAACAAAUAUGCACAUAGACUUCAAAGAGACUCAUAGUCUCUAUAUUAUGAAUAUGAUUGUUUUUAAAGCCGCAUAAAGGGAUCUCCGCCCAGUGGUGGAAGGUGAAGUGGCAUGCCAUUUUAGUCGACCGCGAUUCCAAAAAACUUUCACGUCGCUUGAAUGACACAAGAAAACAAUUGUAGAUCAUGGCUUCUAACUCUGACUUUUUAUAUUUUUUUAUUUGUGUAUAAUCAACAAAAUUAGAGUAAUCCAUUUCAAUUUAAGUCGCGUGAAUAUAACAUGCACAUUAGAUAAAUGCUAGUCUAUAAAUACAUAAAAUGCAUCACUUCCUGUGCGCCAGUUGCGAUUUCACAGAAAAGCACAGGACGUGCUCAGCAAUCGGCAAAUCUUUUUUUGUUUUUUGGAUUUUACCCCCUUUUUUCCCAAUUGUACUUGGCCAAUUACCCCACUCUUACGAGCCAUCCCGGUUGCUGCUCCGCCCCCUCUGCCGAUCUGGAGAGGACUGCAGACUACCACAUGUCUCCUCCAAUACAUGUGGAGUCACCAGCCGCUUCUUUUCACCUGACAGUGAGGACUUUUCGCCAGGGGGACGUGGCGCAUGGGAGGAUCACGCUAUUCCCCCCAGUUCCCCCUCCCCCCUGAACAGGCACCCUGACUGACCAGAGCAGGCGCUAGUGCAGUGACCAGGACACAUAUCCACAUCCAGCUUCUCACCCGCAGACACGGCCAAUUGUUUCUGUGGAGACGCCCAACCAAGCCGGAGGUAACACGGGGAUUUGGACUGGCGAUCCGCGUGUUGGUAGGCAACGGAAUAGACUGCUAUGCUACCCAGACACCCCUUCAUAUUAAAAAGUUGUUUUUUUUUUUUUUUUUAAUUUUCAUUGGGGCUUGGGGGGGUAUUUUCAACACUAAUAGCAAUUAAAAGGUAAUAUUUUACCAUAAAAUAAUUCCCUUAUGCAGCUUUAGUUUCGUGAUUGUUAGAUAGCAGUCCUGUUGAACUUUGUAUUGGUAUGAUACCAAAUGGCAUGUCCUGGGAUAACCCUAAAACAGAAAUGAGGAGUGCGGCGUGUUGAGGAUAAUAGUACUUGUGUACAUACAUCAUGCGGAUAAUGUUCACCUCAACUCAGUCAGGAUGCCUGCAGAAAGAUGAGAUGGGAGGAAAAAAUAGGGGGUGUUGGAUGCUCAAGUUACUGCAGUUUUUCUUGCUGUCCAAGCUGUGAAUGGAACAGCUCUCUCUUUUACCAUGAAGGGGGUUAAGAAAAGAUGGUAAGGCCCAGUCUGUAUGGUAAUCACACACCAGCCGCUGUGUCAUGGCCACUUCCCCUGCUUUUAGGCUACAAUGGGUUCACCCACCAGGUUGUUGCUCCUCACCCAUUCACCUCAGUUUCUCCCUUACAGCCGUCUCACUUCCCCAGCGCCUCCAACACUUACACUGUCACAGGACCUGCGAUAACUAUCUUUUUUUCUUUUCUUGUUUUUUUGUUUUGUUUCCAAAAUCCAAAAUUUGCUUCAACUCAUGGAGAGAUGUGAAGCUGGACAAAUACAAAUGUCGGGUUUUCAGUUUGAAUCUUGAGUACCCCUGCUUUUGCGGCUAGCUUUUCCCAGUAGAGAACAUUUAUUUGCAAUAUUUGCAAUACAUUUCAUUCCUCCUCAGUAAAUGAGAUGUAUUGAAUAAAAAUUAGGGUGGUAUUUUGCUUUCAGAGGACUCACUGCAAUGUAUGAAUGUUUAUUGUAAUUUUAAUGUGAUUGUUUCUUUUGGUGACCAUGUUUAACAUGGAUAUGCAGAUUUAAAAAUUCUUAUCUAUUAAAAUUCUACCAAAGUUGUCUGAAUAAACAGUUGUGGACAUGGA